CAUACAGGGGAGUAAGGGACACGAGAGGGAAUUGGAAGGCUUGAAGGGAGUAAGGCAUCCUCAACCUAGAGAGGUUUCGGCACGGGGAGAUACAAGGAGAAGCGGAAAGGUUAUCCUCUGGCUGGCGGGAGGAGGUCAUGUGACUGGACAUCCGCUGGUACACCCUUUUCUCUUCUCACUCAUGUUUUCUCUCCGUUCAAAUAAGCCCGUCUCGUCCUCUUCCAAUAUAUCAUCAAAUAUCUCUACAACACAAAUGAUUCCUCAAGUGAGAAAAGCAACUAUCAUUUCCGAUUUCUCCUCCCUACCCUGUCCUCCAGCAUCAUCGGCCACCACGGCACCACGAGACGACUAUGGCAAGAGAGACAGGUCUCUCCCUUUCGGCAGUUCCAGCCUCUCCUCUGCUCCAGUAUCACCGAACUCCCCGAUACCAGAAAGUGACUCUCGUCCCGUGAACUUCGGCUUGGAUGCAAAAUCUGAUGGACGCUCGGCACAAGGAAUGUGGUACCAUACGGACGACAAGCUCAUCAAACCACGUUCAUUCACUCCAUCCUCCUCUCCGUUUGCCCCUACCAAUUACGACUCCGAACAGUUUCCGAUGGAGAAGCAUUCAACCUACGAGCGAGAAGAGAGAACGUGUCAGGGAGAUGAAGGCCAUUCCGAGAUAGGUAAUAAGCACUCGCAAUCGGAAUCUCACUCGGAUUCUCAGGACAUGAUACAAGGUGUGGGAAUAAUACACGACAUCUCCAUCUUUGCGCCAUCCAUCCGGAAAUCUCUAGACAAAGAACGUUCUUUUCCCUCUCCCCUACUUGACGCU